AUGGGAAAACCAAUUGUUCUCCACCUCGGUGAUGACAUUCGCUGGGGUCAUGAGCUUUAUAGCAAAUUUCAAGAUCAAUUCGAUAUUCGCCGCUCAUACAGUAUGUCGCGACCGGAGUUCAUUCGUGCGCUGAAGGAGCGCCAAUUCGGAGAUUUCUUCGCUAUUUAUCGCCCGUUUUGGAACACCGGUGGUGAGAUGGGUAAUUGGGAUGAGGAGCUUGCCUCAUUGUUGCCUAGCUCUUGUAAGGUCUUUGCCAGCGCUGGCGCUGGCUUUGAUUGGGUUGACACCGCGGCGUUAGCGAAGCGAGGGGUUACAUACUGCAAUGCCGCAGCAGCUUGUACUGAAUCUGUUGCCGACGCCGCGAUCUGGCUCAUCAUUUCUACUUUCCGACUCUUCUCUUGGUCGCAUGUCGCUGCGCGAGCUGUGGACGCAGAUGCAUUUGUUGACGCAAACCGCAACUUGGCAAUGGUCUCCCACAAUCCCAACGGACACACAUUAGGAAUCAUUGGAUUUGGCCAGAUCGGACGGCGGACAGCAGAGAAAGCCUACUUGGCGAUGAACAUGAAAAUCCAUUACCAUGACAUUGUGCAGAUGCCUGCGCAGCUAGAAGCUGUCUCGAAGGCGACAUACCACAAGGAUAUGGAUAGUCUUCUCGCUGUAUCAGACUGUGUCAUGGUUGCUACACCAUUCAGUGGUAAAACUCUUCUUAAUGCCUCACUUCUGGCGAAGAUGAAGACUGGUGCUCGCCUGAUUAACAUUGCGCGUGGCAAGCUGCUCGAUGAGAGUGCUCUUGUCGAUGCGCUCAAGAGUGGGAAGUUGGCUGCUGCUGGUUUGGAUGUACACUAUGACGAGCCGCGUGUUAGCCCGGAGCUUGCAAGCAUGAAGAAUGUUGAGAUGAUGGCUCACAAUGCGGGUGCUUCGGUUGAUUCUCAUAUUGGAUUCGAGAGGUUGGGCAUGGAGAACAUCUUGGCUUUCCACCAGACUGGCAAGGCUGUGACGCCUGUCAAUUCUCAGUUGAUCGCUAAAGCGGCCGGCUCCAAGCUUUAG